AUGGCCCGCUGGGUCUCUGCGGCCCCUCAGCCCUGCCUGCCGCAGCAGCAACCGCAGCAGCAGCAGCAGCAGCAGCAACACCCACAGCAGCAGCAGCAGCAGCAGCAGCAGGAUGAGUGGGAGGAGGAGGCUGGUGCUUGCUGGGGCCGCAGCAGCAGUUCUUAUGUGUCGCUGCAGCGUAGACGUAGGGGGGCCCCCGGGGGCCCCCUGUCUGUCGGCAGCUCUUUGGUUAAGCAGUACCCUCUAGAAGAUGGUCAUGCUGCUGAUGCUGCGAGCAGCAGAUGCAGCAGCAGCAGCUGCAGCAGCAGCAGCAGCAGCAGUAGCAGCGGCAGCAGAGCGCAGCGUAGAGCAGCAGCAGCAGCAGCAGCAGCAGCAGCAGCAGUUCGCGUUGUCUGCAGACAAAGGAGAAAAAAAAGGAGGCCCCGGGCCCCCCACGGCCGCUCUCAUGACCCCAACGAUUUCUUCUAUGCAGGGAGUCAGCAGCAGCAACACAAAGCAGCAGCAGCAGCAGCAGCAGCAGCAGAAGCAGAUGCCGGCGGUGUCUCGGGGGGGAAUCAAGUGCUUGGAGCUGCAGGCGGUGGCCAGCGAGAGCUGCAGCAAAUGCCUGAUCAGCAGCAGCAGCAGCAGCAGCAGCAGCAGCAGCAGCAGCAGCAGGAUGUACUAGUGUUGAAGCAGCAGAAGCAGCAGCACAGUGCUGCUGGGCUUGCUGCUGCUGAUGAUACUGCAACACGCAUCAGCAGCAGCACCAACACAACAGCACCAUCUCUCGCCGAGGCUCUAGACGCCGCACCCACAGCAGCAGCAGCAGCAGCAGCAACAGCAGCAGCAACAGCAACAGCAGCAGCAGCAGCAGCAGCAGCAGGGUUUUCUGAAGCAGCUGGGGGCCCCCAGGAGGCCCCCCAACAGCCAGAAGAAGGGGGCCCCCCAGUACCCUCUACCUUUCACCUCGACUCGGAUGAUAGCAGCAGCGACCAGCUUGCCAAGCUGCUCUCCACGUGGGCCCGAGGAAAAGAAGGCGAUUCGACACGGAGAAGGUCGCGCAGCAGCAAGUCUCAGCAGCCGCCUGAAUGUAAUGCAGCAGCAGCAGCAGCAGCAACUGCAGCAGCAGCAGCAGCAGAAGCAACUGCAGCAGCAGCAAAAGGUGCAGCAGCAAUAGCAGCGGCAGCAGCAGCAGAAGCAACAGCAGCAACAACAGAAACUGAAGAGGAGCAGCAAGACCCACCCCCUGCGCGGCAGUGUAAAGAGGCAGCAGCACCCCCAGACCUGCCAGCAGCAGCAGCAGCAGCAGCAGCAGCAGCAACAGCACGGUCCCAAGCAGAAACCCCAUCCGCAGCAGCAGCAUCAGCAGCAGCAUCUGCAGCAGCAUCAGCAGCAGCUUCAGCAGCAGCAGCAACAGCAGCAGCAACUGCUGCUUGCCCCGCAAGGGCCUGCAAGAGGGAGUACCCCUGCCGGCUGUAUGGCCACCGCACAGUGAGCAGCUGUGUGAGUCGAGCAGCAGCAGCAGCAGCAGCAUCUGCUGCUGCUGCUGCUGCAGCCUCAGCAGCAGCAGCAGCAGCAACAGCAGCAGCAGCAGCAGCACCUCAGCCCCCUAGCAACUGCUCUACAGUCAAAGAGCGCUGCCGCAAAGGCUGGGGAUUUGUAAGGGCCCUCGGGGGCCCCCAGGACCGCGCUGCUGCUGCUGCUGCUGCUGCUGCUGCUGCUCCUUACGGCAGGAGCAGCAGCAAACCAGAGGCAGGCAGCAGCAGUCCAGACAACAACAGCAGCAGCAACAGCAGCAGCAACAGCAGCAGCAGCGACAGCAGCAGCAAGAAAAGGACAGGCAGACGACUCGCCCGCAGAGCCUUCACGGCCCCUAGGGAUAGAGCUGAUGCAGCAGAUACAUCUGCUGCUGCUGCUGCUGUUGCUGCACCUGGUGCUGCUGCUGCUGCACCUGCAGCAGCAGCUGCUGCUGCACGUGCUUCCAGCGGGGAGGCUACUGCUGUUACCGCGUGCCGAAGGGUCCAUAGGAGCAGCAUAGCGAACACAAUGGCCCAGCAGCAGCAGCAGCAGCAGCAGCAGCAGCAGCAAACGCAAACGGAGCAGCAGCAGCAGCAGCAAACGGAGCAGCAGCAGCAGCAGCAAACAGAGCAGCAGCAGCAGCUGACAGAGCAGCAGCAGCAACUGCAGCAGGUUGAACAGCUGCGUCGGCCUUCUUUUGUGCCUCAAUUGGAUCUCAGCAAACUGCAGCGAGAAGAAGAGGAAGAAUAUGAGGAGCAGCAGCAGCAGCAGCAGCAGCAGCUGCAGCAGCAGCAGCAGCAGCAGCAGCAAACCCCAGCAGAGCAGUGCGGUGACGACAGCCGCCUUAUGAGCUGCUGCAGCGCGACCCCCCACCACCAUCAUCACCGAGCCACCAGCAACAGCAACCAUCUCCAUAACCACCAACAAGAACAGCAGCAGCAGCAGCGGCAGAAGCAGCAGGAGCAGGAGAGCAGCAGCAGCAGCAGCAGCGCAGAACGGCUGU